AUGUCAGGGAGCGCCAAGGCCAUCCGUCUGCCCCCCCUCAAGACCCUGCGGGUGCACAAUCCCAAGCGCCAGCCCGAGAACCCAUGCAUCGCCAUCAUGUCCAGCGUCCUCGCAUGCUGGGCUUCGGCAGGCUUCAACGCUGCUGGCUGCGCCGCAAUUGAGAACCAGCUCCGGAAAUGCAUGGACGGCCCUGCGCCUCCGCCGGCACCUGCGAAUACGAUCAACUACCACUUGUCGAGGAUGCAGAAAUACGUGACCAGCCCGAAGAAGCAGAAAUAA